AUGGUAGUUAUGGGAAGUUAUUUGCGGUCUCUAAGAGUGAGGUGUGCAAUUUUUGGAGCAGUACUAGUAUUGUUGAUUUUGAUCAUAAUCAGCGAAACUUCAGAGCAAUAUGAUAGUUACCUAAGUCCAAUCUCUAUCAAAGGGUAUUAUAGAUCCUUUUCUAAUGAGAGAUAUAUUGAUGAAGAUAUGCGGAAGUGCGCAAACAAGGCAGAAGCACAUACAUUUUGGGACAAAGUAUUUAAAAUUAUAAGUGAAAAUAGAUUGAAUCUUACUAGUGCUGAGUUAGAUAACGCAAUAAGUUAUAAUAAAGUUUCUGAUAGAACAAAGAUGAACACGAAAGAAGUAUUGUUAUCUAAGGCUACAAUUUCGGAGAAAGCCUUUAAGGAAUUUAAAGAAAGGCAUAAAAUUUUACUCGAGGAGCUACCUUCAGAGUUACCUACAACAACUUAUAAUCCGGGUUCUAGUGGAAUUGUAUUCAUCGGAGGAGGAAGAUUUUCUUGGUUAUCUUAUUUAUCACUUUUGGGCUUAAGAGAGACAGGAUCCAAGUUACCCGUCGAAGUUAUAAUGCCAACAUAUUUUGAUUAUGAAGAAGAAAUAGAGUUUUGCACUGAAAUUCUUCCUAAACUUAACGCCUCAUGCCUUGUUAUUCCUGAGGUCUUUGGAGCUUCAGUAAUGACUCAAUGGAAUAAAAAAUUUAGAUCAUACCAGUUUAAAUCUUUGGCCUUAAUGGCAUCAUCCUUCCAAAACGUUUUAUUAUUGGAUUCAGAUAAUAUUGUUAUUGAAAACCCCGAUGCAUUUUUUGAUAGUGAUCUAUUCAAGAGAUACGGAAUGAUCACUUGGCCUGAUUAUUGGAGGCGUACAAUUUCUCCUCAUUUCUAUAAUAUAUCAGGUACUGAGGUGAAUGAGAGGAAAAGAGUUAGGUAUGAUAGACUUCCAAUAGAUUAUGCUGAAAGUGAUGAUAAUUUGUUAGAGACUGAAAAGGAUUCUGUACCAUUCCAUGACCUAGACGGCACUGUACCUAAUAUGUCAACAGAAUCAGGUCAGCUCUUUAUUAGUAAACUAUCACAUGGGAAAACUUUAUUGUUGUCUUUGUAUUAUAAUUUGUAUGGACCUCAAUUAUAUUAUAAAUUAUUUUCUUUGGGUGAGUUAGGAGAAGGUGAUAAAGAUUCUUUUGCGGCUGCCGCGACUGUUUUAAAGCAAGAGUUUUACCAAUUGAAGUCCUCUAUCAAAGGAAUAGGAUAUUUUGAUAAAGAUGAUCAUUUUCAGGGGAAAGCAAUGGCACAAAAGAACCCCCUUAAAGAUUAUGAAAUAUUCAAGGAAAAAGUAUUGAACCCUCUUGCUGAACAAAAAAAGAACCUAAUACCACUAAAUGAGCGUGUGCAACACGCGAAAAAGACAAUAAAAGAUCAGUUUACUUCAAAUAAUGAUAAUCCAAUUUUUGGAAUGCACUGCCAUUAUCCAAAACUUGACCCUGUUGAUAUAAUGCUGAGGGAUAGUAUAUAUGAUAAAAAUGAAAAGAGAUUGCACUAUAGGAUGUACAGAGGGUUUUCAUUCGAGAGAAAAUCAUCUGAAAGCCAAAUCACAAUUGAUUUCGAAUUAACCCAAUGGACUAAUAUGCAAAGAACCCUAUGUAUAGAGAAACUUUAUUUUAGACAUUUUGACCAGAAGGAUAAUACGGAAUUAUGCGAAUUUAUUGAUAAUCAAGUCAGCUGGUUAUCGAAUUCUGAAUUGAUAUCGCAUUCUUUAUAG